CUCCGCCAGCCGCCGCCAUGAGUAGCUUUGGAGCUUGCAAAACCAAAGAAGCUAUCUUCAGCGUGGAGGAGGGCUCCGUGAAGAUGUUCCUGAGGGGCCGUCCUGUGCCCAUGCUGAUCCCGGAUGAGCUGGUGCCCACCUACAGCCUGGACACGCGCUCCGAGCUGCCUUCCUGCAGACUCAAGCUGGACUGGGUCUAUGGCUACCGGGGCCGAGACUGCCGCGCCAACCUUUACCUGCUGCCCACGGGGGAGAUCGUGUACUUCGUGGCCUCCGUGGCCGUGCUGUACAGCGUGGAGGAACAGAGGCAGCGGCACUACCUGGGGCACAACGAUGACAUCAAAUGCCUGGCUGUCCACCCUGAUAUGGUCACCAUUGCCACUGGACAGGUGGCAGGCACCACUAAGGAAGGGAAGCCACUGCCACCCCACGUGCGCGUCUGGGACUCAGUUUCUCUCUCCACUUUACACGUGCUGGGCCUGGGCGUGUUUGACAGAGCUGUGUGCUGUGUGGGCUUUUCCAAAUCGAAUGGGGGCAACCUGCUCUGUGCGGUGGACGAAUCCAACGACCAUGUGCUUUCCGUGUGGGACUGGACCAAGGAGGCCAAGGUGGUGGAUAGCAAGUGCUCCAACGACGCUGUGCUGGUGGCCACCUUCCACCCCACCGACCCCACUGUGAUCAUCACCUGCGGGAAAUCCCACAUCUACUUCUGGAGCCUGGAGGGGGGCAGCCUGAGCAAGCGGCAGGGCCUCUUUGAGAAACACGAGAAACCCAAGUACGUGCUGUGUGUGACCUUUCUGGAGGGUGGCGAUGUCGUCACCGGGGACUCUGGAGGGAACCUCUAUGUCUGGGGCAAAGGUGGAAACCGCAUCACACAGGUGGUGCCGGGCGCCCAUGAUGGUGGCGUGUUUGGGCUCUGCGCCCUGCGGGACGGGACGCUGGUGUCUGGAGGCGGCCGCGAUCGGAGGGUGGUCUUCUGGGGUCCUGACUACAGCAAGCUGCAGGAGGUGGAGGUGCCCGAGGACUUUGGCCCCGUGCGCACCGUGGCAGAGGGCCGGGGAGACACGCUGUACGUGGGGACCACCCGCAACUGCAUCCUGCAGGGCUCGGUCCACACGGGCUUCUCGCUGCUCGUCCAGGGCCACAUGGAAGAGGUGUGGGGCCUGGCCACGCACCCCAGCGGGGCCCAGUUUGUGACGUGCGGGCAUGAUAAACUGGUGCAUCUGUGGAGCGUGGAGUCCCACCAGCCCCUGUGGAGCAGGAUCAUCGAGGACCCUGCCCGCUCCGCUGGCUUCCACCCCAGUGGCUCUGUCCUGGCUGUGGGCACAGUGACCGGCAGAUGGUUGCUGCUGGACACGGAGACCAAUGACCUGGUGGCUAUCCAUACAGAUGGCAAUGAACAGAUCUCAGUGGUCAGCUUCUCGCCAGACGGGGCGUACCUGGCGGUGGGCUCCCACGACAACUUGGUGUACGUGUACAAGGUGGACCAAGGCGGCCGCAAGGUCAGCCGCCUGGGCAAGUGCUCGGGCCAUUCCAGUUUUAUCACCCACCUGGACUGGGCCCGGGACAGCAGCCGCUUCGUCACCAACUCCGGGGACUAUGAGAUUCUGUACUGGGACUCAGCCACCUGUAAGCAGAUCACCAGUGCAGAUGAAGUGAGGAACAUGGAAUGGGCCACAGCUACUUGUGUCCUGGGAUUUGGGGUGUUUGGGAUCUGGUCCGAGGGAGCAGAUGGUACUGACAUCAACGCCGUAGCUCGCUCCCAUGAUGGCAAGUUGCUGGCUUCAGCUGAUGACUUCGGCAAAGUCCACCUGUUUAGCUACCCCUGUUGUCAGCCUCGAGCCCACAGCCACAAAUACGGUGGACACAGCAGCCACGUGACAAACGUGGCCUUCUUGUGGGAUGACAGCAUGGCCCUGACCACAGGGGGCAAGGACACCAGCAUACUGCAGUGGCGGGUGGUCUGAAGUGGGGGGGCGGGGUCCCAGAGACAUGGGGCCGAGGGAGAGUCAGGUGGCAGGGCUGGAAUUCUAUUUUCGGGAGAUGUCUAUUGCCGAGUAGAGUAAUAUAUACCCAGAGUAUGUCUAUAGCAGAGAGGGUUAUGGCAUUGGGAGGGUGGACCGACAGACAGAAGUCUCUAUUUAUCAGGGUGGGAAGAGGGGUCACAUUGUUUUGGGGGAGCCAUUAGGGUGCUUGGUUUGGGGUGUUUUUUAAGUUUAUUCUUUUAUACCAUCCAGAAAUAAAGACAUGUGCACUGAG